UGUAGACAGACAACAGAUAGACAGAUACACAGACAGACAGAUACAUGGACAAACAUUGCUACAUACAAACAGACUUAAAACUAUUAGAUAAACAUUACUGCUGUCCAUCAUAGAUAUUAACUACCAGAAUACCACACUACGUUGCUUUAGUAAUUUUAACUAAUCAAUGAUGUUAUGUCCAUGUGAAGAGUGGCGGUGACAUCACACUGCUAGACAAUGGCUUUGCAAGUCCUCUCUACUAUGCUGCCAAAUAUGGUUGAAUUGAGUGCGUUCAUUAUCUUCUAUCGAAACACAAAGAGAAUGAACGUAAAACAGUGACAUGUCACUACAUUGACGUGCCGUGUAAGGCUCCAAAAUGGGAGACUGCGUUGUGGGUGGCAGUGAGACAGGGUUAUGUCGAGAUUGUGGCUCUGCUGGUGACGAGUGGCUGCCAUUUGGAACAGCGAGAUCCCAAUGGAUGGACUGUGCUUCACUCAGCUUGCAAGCGAAGUAAUGUGGAAGUGGUAAAGAUGCUUUUAAAGUUGAAACCUUCUGCAAUCAAACAUAUGAUAACUGUCGCAUGUGAUGAUGGAUAUCCCAUCCACUUGGCAUGUCAUUACUCCAGUCUCGACGUCAUCAGACUUCUCAUCUCUCACUAUUCACUACUCAACAAAUUUAACAGUUUUGGUUGCACACCUCUAAUGGUGUGCUGUCAGUCAGGUCAAUACCAGACUGUACAGUUAUUGUUAGGUGCCAGUGCCGAUCCUAACCUAGUGAGCCCAAUUAGUAAGAAAACUGCUAUGCAUUGGGCUGUUAAUCGUCGGGAUCUACAAAGGGUGUGGCUGUUGUUUCAAUUUUUUGGUGAUCAAAGGACACCAAAGGACGGUCUGAAUGUGACACCGCGACAGAUGGCUGAGCUGGCUAGAGCAACUAGGAAAGGGGAGCGGGAUAUACUCCUUCAGGAUUUUUUGAUAUCAACUUGCUCGGUGUGUUUUGACAGCAACUAGAGUAGUCGAUGAUUAUGCUGUUUCUCUUUGGUUCAGAAGAACAGUCCACCUAAGAAAUAACACUUCCUAGUCACGGACUCUGUGGCCUGUGAACAGGUUCUCAGGAUUUCACUACAAAUCUGGAAAGAUGUGCUAUAUUGAGACUAUUUGGCAUAAACGCUGAGAAAACUGCAAUCUUUACAAGAGCAAUGGUUUACCAUAGUUCGUCAUACUCCAGAAGUGGUCCUCAUGUAGCAGACUUGUGGAAGUUGACAGGGAUUAUGUCAAACUUUAUGGAAUUGUGCUGUAGUAUGUUUUGGUUGAAUCUGCAUAAGUUUUAGUUGGUCACAUUAUAUGACUGUAUUAUAAUUAGUUGAAUGUAUUAUAAUUAUGGAGUAGAUUAUCAAGAACAA